UCUUGUUGCGAUUAGAGAAUCUCAGCAGAACCUGUCAAGGUCUGUAGAUAAACAAAAAUGUCACGUUAGGUAACUAUCCUCCUCUAGUUAUGCCCUAAGAUUGAUUAGAUAGGUUAGUUCAAUGUCUUCACAGAAUGCACGUCUUUAUUUGAUUUAAUAGUACAUACAUCCGAUUCGGGCUCAAUAUUUUGAAUCCCUCCGGAUUUGCCCAACUGACUUUGAAUGAAUGAGUUUUGGGACUAAGAAUCCCCAGACACCAGCCUAAGACUUCACCAAAGCCGUAGCGCGACGCAUGGCAAAUCCAGCGCACGUCUCCAAGGUCCGGGCGUUGUACAAACGGAUCCUCCAACUGCACCGGUUUCUGCCCGUGGACCUGCGGGCUUUGGGUGACCAGUAUGUCAAAGACGAAUUCAGGAGACACAAAUCGGCAAAGCCAGGCGAGGUCACGUCGUUCAUGAUAGAAUGGGAGGGCUACAGGGACACACUGCAGACGCAGGUCUUGGAGACGGCCUCGAGGGGGGGGGCAGGGGUGUACGGAACCGUGCUGUCUGAGGAGAAACUGAAACAGUUUCAGGACGAACAGUUCAGCCAGCUCUACGAGCUCAUGCUGGAGUCCACCAAGCCCAACACCCAGUUCCACAUACAGGAGUGACUCUACCUCACCCAACACCCAGUUCCACAUACAGGAGUGACUACCACACCCAACACCCAGUUCCACAUACAGGAGUGACUCUACCACACCCAACCCCCAGUUCCACAUACAGGAGUGACUACCACACCCAACCCCCAGUUCCACAUACAGGAGUGACUACCACACCCAACACCCAGUUCCACACACUGGAGUGACUCUACCACACCCAACACCCAGUUCCACACACUGGAGUGACUCUACCACACCCAACACCCAGUUCCACAUACAGGAGUGACUCUACCACACCCAACCCCCAGUGAGGGGCGGAGUCAGGGGCAGAUGCUUUCCAACCCACCCACAUUUCCAUGGCGAUAAACUGCCUGCAAAAUCAUAAUAAAGUGUUCUUUCAGGUCCUGGUCAAAA